AUGUAUUUGUUGUGUUUCGCCCUCGUCCUGGGUAUAGGGGUCCAUGGAACAGCGGGGGAAAGUUUGGCUGAGAGGGAUGUUAUGUACAGCAAUCCAUCCGAUGUUUGGAUGGACAACAGGGCGGCGCCACCAGAGAAAUCCCUAAGACGUCUGGUAGAGUCUUUGUUGGAAAGGAUGGAGAGCCAGGACAAUAAGAUAAAGCUGCUGGAGCAGAGGGUCAAGGACAACGAAGAGGACCUGAAUCGGAAAGAAAUCCGUAUCAGUCACCUGGAGCAAGAGCUCAAGUCGGUAUCAAAGCAAUCCCAGGAUUCAAUUGAUAAUCUUCAGACUGAGGGUCCCGAGGAUACGAACGAAACCCGAUCUAGAUUUAUAUCAACAGAAAAACGUGGAGAUGAACAUCAUUCUAGGAUAGUCAGAGUGUCACCUAACGGAGUGGGAGCAUUUAGUGUUUCUUUGAGUGGAAGAGAUUUGAAUUUACAACCAAGCUUAGUGAUAGCAUUUGAUGAAAUCCUGUUGGACGUUGACGGAAAUUAUCACCUUGGAGACGGCGUGUACAGAGUUCCGGUGACUGGGGUGUACGUGUUCACCUGGUGUACCACUGGAACCACCACAGACAACGUGGUUACGGAACUGGUUGUUAACGGAACACCGCGAGGAACAAUAUUUUCGGAUGCAGAAACAGGACAUGCGUGGGACAGCAGCACCGGGGUUAUCGUGACGUUAGUCAGUGAGGGAGAUCACGUGUUUAUCCGAUCUAAAUUUAGUGGCGUCAUCCACAGUAGUGACGUGUAUGGUAAAUCAAUGUUCUCCGGAUGGCGUCUGUCUUAG